AUGGAGUCUCCCUCUGCCGCCCAGGCUGGAGUACAAUGGCGCAAUCUCGGCUCACUGCAACCAACGUCCAUCUCCCAGGUUCAAGCAAUUCUCCUGCCUCAGCCUCCUGAGUAGCCGAGAUUACAGACGUGCCACCACGCCCAGCUAAUAAGUAGCUGCCACCAUGCCCAGCUUUUUAGUAGAGAUGGGGUUUCACCGUGUUAGUCAGGCUGGUCAAACUCCUGACCUCAAGUGAUCCGCCUGCCUCGGCCUCCCAAAGUGCUGCGAUUACAGGCGUGAGCCACCACGCCCGGGUGAGACUUUGCUUUUAAAGAGAUGGUGUCGUCAUAUAACAGCCUUCCUAUAAAAGGGAUUAGAGAAGCCAGACACAAAAGGUCACAUAUGGAAAUAGUGGCUUGGAAAUGGACAUGCUCCAGGACCUUGAGUCCCUGCAGUUUGAGUAUGGGGUUCCAGAGGAAGAUCGUAUCUGGCUGUAUUUGCAGGGCCGUUCUCGGGGACUGAUGAUCGAGGCUUGUGCCCAUGCAACCUUCUUCUGCAAACUAUUAUAUAAUUUGAGAGCAUCAUUAAAUGAGAAUCAAAGUUCCAGACAUCUCUCAAUUGGCUCCCUUAAUUCAGCCACUCCUGAAGAGUUUAAGGUGGGCAUCAUUGGAGGUGGCCACCUUGGGAAGCAGCUGGCUGGCACACUGCUGCAGCUUGGCCCCAUCCCUGCUGAAAGCCUGCGGAUCUCCACUCGGAGGCCAGAGACUCUGGGUGAGCUCCAGAAGCUGGGAAUCAAAUGCUUUUACCAUAACGCUGAUCUGGUGAGUUGGGCCGACGUGAUAUUCCUCUGCUGCUUGCCAUCUCAGCUGCCUAAUAUCUGCGUAGAAAUUUACACCAGCCUUGAGAAGACCAGCAUUGUGUACAGCUUUGUAGCUGCCAUCCCACUACCCAGGCUGAAACUACUGUUGAACCACACCAAUAUCUUGCGGCCUCAGUAUCAGUAUGAUGAAGAUUCUGUCAGCGUCUGGGGGGCCAAUAAGGGAGUCGUAGCUGCUCUCCAAGAUCCUACGAUUCUUCAAGCUACCUGUCCCUACAGUCCUGCUGGGGGAAUAAUCCUCAAUAUCAAGUGGUUGGAGGGAGUGUUCUAUGCGGCCCUAAACAUAUGCACAGCAAGAAACAUGGCCCACUCCCAAGUGCUGCAGCUUCUGAGUGAACUCUUUCUCUCCGUGCACUUUGAAGACUGUGGGAAAGACACAGCAUCUUGCCCAAAGUUUCAAUUAACAGAUUUUGUCAGCAAAGCCUAUGGCAAGAACUUGUCUCAGGAAAGACAGGGUCUCACUAUGUUGCCCAGGCUGGCCUUGAACUCCUGGGCUCAAGCAAUCCUCUUCUCUCAGCCUCCUGAGUAGCUGGGACUACAGGCCUUUCCCCUGGUUUGAUCUGACUGCUGUGCAACUCAAGGAAACUCCGUUUAGCCAGCAUCUCUCAAGCAGUCCUGUUCUCCAAGACCACCUUACCCAUCUAUACUGUGCUUCAUUUGGCAUCUCCCUAACCAAAGAACAGCCAGUCAUUUCCACAGGCUUUCCAUCCCAAUAAGAGAACUCAGGAAUCAGGACUUUUUCCCACUCACAGAUUUUCCCUAUAAUAGUUGUGCCCUGAUUAUCACAAUUGACUGUGGGAGUCUUGUGGCUGUAUUGUGUUUGCCACAUGAUAGACAUCAGGAAUUAUAAAACUGUACUGAUGACUCUUUAAAAUGUAGAAUAAAACAAGUGGUCCUAUCCAUCAA